AUGGCGACGAGCAUCAAUCAGCACCAGUGCUCUCUCUCUCUCUCUCUCUCUCUCUCUCUCUCUCAUGGCGACGAGCAUCAAUCAGCACCAGUGGCUUCUCGAUUCCCACUCCCUCAAGGGCUCAAAUUCUCUUAUGGCACAGCCGGAUUCAGAGCCGAGGCGUCGAUGCUGACGUCGACGGUGUUUCGAGCGGGGAUCUUGGCGGCGCUCCGAUCUCUGAAGACCGGCGCCGUUAUCGGCCUCAUGAUCACGGCAUCUCACAACCCCGUUAACGAUAACGGCGUCAAGAUCGCUGAUCCUGAUGGAGGGAUGCUGACUCAGCAGUGGGAGCCCUUCGCUGAUGCCCUUGCCAAUGCUCCUGAUCCCAAGUGCCUUCUCGAUGUAGUUCUAAAGUUUAUAGAGGAGGAGAAUAUACCGUUAGGCGGAUUAAAUUCUGCAGAGAUCUUACUAGGAAGAGACACAAGGCCUAGUGGCCACGCUUUGUCUGAAGCAGCGAAACAGGGUGUUAGCGCUGUAAUUGGGGCAGUUGCAUUCGACAUGGGGAUCUUGACAACCCCACAACUUCAUUGGAUGGUUAGAAGGAGGAACAAAAGGAUGAAAGCAUCUGAAUCAGAUUAUUUUGAACAACUUGCUAGAUCUUUUAGGUGCCUUGUAGAUCUGGUUCCCAAAGAAAUGGCUAAGCUGGUGGAUGCAAAACUUGUAGUAGAUGGAGCAAAUGGUGUUGGUGGAGGAAAACUUGAGGAAUUGAAAGGAAUGCUAACCGGGUUGGAAAUUGAAGUAAGAAAUUUAGGUAGGAAAAGAGAAGGUGUUCUUAAUGAGAAUGUUGGUGCAGAUCAUGUACAGAAGGAGAAGGUUGUUCCCUACGGGUUUGGUUCUGGUAAUGUGGGCAUAAGGUGUGCAAGCUUGGAUGGUGAUGCUGAUAGGCUUGUCUAUUUUCGACUAUUAUCGGCAAAUAGCAGUAGUGUUGAUCUUGUUGAUGGUGAUAAGAUACUAUCUCUCUUUGCUAUUUUUAUCAAGGAACAAUUAGAUACUAUUAGCAGAAUGGAAAAUGACAAGUUGAGAAACAGAUUAUCAUCAAGUCUGGGCAUUGUGCAAACGGCAUAUGCGAAUGGUGCUUCAACACAUUACCUCAAACAGCUAGGCUUGGAAGUUGUAUUUACUCCAACUGGUGUGAAAUAUUUGCACACGAAAGCUUCAGAAUAUAACAUUGGUAUCUAUUUUGAGGCAAAUGGCCACGGGACAAUUCUAUUUUCAAAAGAUUUUAUAUCUAACCUGGAGGAUAUGGAGAAAGAGCUUGCUUCUUGUCCAGAGGCAAUUUUACAAUAUUAUGGAUGGUCCAUUAACAGAUGGAGUGAGCUUUACCACGACCUACCAAGCAAACAGUUAAAGGUAAAAGUUGCAGAUAGAAGUGCUGUUGUCACAGCAAAUGCGGAAACACAAGUUGUGAAACCAUUAGGUUUACAAGAGCUGAUAUAUGCUGAGACUGGUAAGCAGUUAUACUACUUUCAAGUGACUCCUCUUAUACCUGCGAUGCAACUUUGAUUUGUUUCUCAGUUUGAUUUUCUGUUGAAAAAUCCAAUCUGAUAUAAUGUUCUUCUCGAUCUGUUUUAUAAGAAAAUAUUAAUUUACAGAAUUACAGUAUCCUCCAUUAUAUGUUUACCGAGUGUGUCGUGCUAACACUGCCUAGGUAGCGUGUAUAUAGUAUGUAUGCCACAACACAGGACAAUCAGAAUUCAGGUGAAAGAAUAUAAGAAAUAAUUGUAGAAAAAUUCUAAAUUGCAUAUGAUUUAUUAGAUAUAAUAACUUUUUAUGAGCGCAUAUGAUUUAUGGCUAAUGAGAUUCAAAACGACAUUAAGUAGUAUAAUUGUAAACAACAUUCGACACCCAAGUUAAUGAUAAACUGACAUGAGUAAGAGAAGAAAUAUAAACAAAUGGAAAGCAUGAGCACCAGGUUUAAAAGGUACAAUUUACAAGCACUAAUGACACUUAGUAAUCCAAGUAUAACCAUGCCGAUAUUGAAUUAUUAAACGAAGUACAUCUGUAUUAAGCAAUGCUACUAAUUAAUUAUGUUUUUCAAAUUUGAAUAUAACCCUUGUGAAUACUCCUCAUUUGGUUUUUCCUACAGACCUUUUUAUAUUAAUACCUCAUCUCCCUCAAACCUAAAGUUAUUUAACUUCCCAAACCAUUGAAUUUGAUUUAUGGGCAAGGUUUACUUCACUAUGCUUGUGGAACUUUGUUAUCCCCCUUUUUUUUAUUUUCACUUUCAGUUGACAUCAUUUGGAAUUAAGAUGUUUAUAAUGAUAAAAGGUUAAAUAAGUGAUUUCAUCAUGUUUCUAUUCACAUUAAUCUGCAAUUAACAGUAAUGAAUUCUGCAAUAAGUUAUAAUGCAUUUGAGGGAGUAACAUCCAAAACACAAAAAAAAAAUUAAGCCAGACUUCCAAAAUCUGCUCAUCCAAUAAGAAUAGAUUUUUCCAGCUUGAACUAUUUGAUCAGAAAUACUAAGAAAAUCAAAACCACCCAAGCUUCAAGGAGAUGGAUUUCAAAUUCAUAGUACUGUCUGGUUUUAACCGUCUGGUUUUAGCCUGAAGCAACCCUAAAACACGAUGUUUUUGUAGCCAUCAUCCAAAACCCAACAGUUCCUUUAAAAUUACACAUGCACACACACAAGCAGAAGCUAUGCACAAUUUCUUUUUGGGAACUAAGGUAAAACUGCACCAUUCUGGUAAGAGAUCAGGUCUCUCAGUCUCCAGUCCAUUUCUAGCCCUGGCAUUUUCAACAAAAACAGUCAAGGGUAGAUAUUUUUUAGUGCAACCUUAGUAAAUUCAGUUUUCAAACCUAACUUUAACCAAAGCAAAAGUUAGAACAGGGAUUGUUUGAAAUUCAAUUUAAGAAAAAGAAAAAAGAUGCACUGAUUUUGGUCUUUUACCUAUUUAUAUUCAAGUUAUGCUAUGCUUGUUUACCUUCUAUAGUUAAGAAUAGUCAAGAAAAUUAUGCAUAUGCCCUCAUUAUCCGAGGAAUGUAAUGAAAAUCCAUUAACACCUUUUAUUUGAGGUGGGUAUACAAUGGGAGAUUUCUGAGGGGUGGAUAAAAACUCUUGCCAGUCGCAAGAUACUAAGAAACAUAGAUACUACUAGCGGGUUAACCAAGUUAGAAAACCAGCUAAACUGCUUAUAUGCUUCUCAAAUAUGUAACUGCCAGCUAUAGUUAUUCAGCGACAUAUGCUCCAGCCAACUAGCUGCACAUGAUCUGCAUAUGGUCAUUUUACAUGUCUGUUUUAUAUGACAUCCCUUGUUCUGCAGUUUACAAAACUGAAGAAUUUGAUAUGUAAUAACAUUAAGCCCCACCCUUAACAAACUUGAAUAGGUGCUUUGUGUUGGGUUGGCAUGUUUUUUUAUUUGAUUAAAUGAGGAUCGUGUAUGGCAUUGUAGAAGAAAUGCAUAAUGAAAAUAAACCUUAAUUUGUUUUUUUUUUCCAAAUUCUAAUAUUUUUUUUUCCAAAUUCUAAUAUUAUGGAAAAGAAAGGGGACUCUCAGGGGCGAUGUUUUAUUCGUCCAUUCUUGUACAAAUUCUAAUAUUUUUUUUCCAAAAUCAUGUCAUAAUUGUUCCUGAAUGGUUAUUUGUAUAAGAAUAUGCUGAACGUCAGGCCUUUGUAUGGACUCAAAUUUUGGUGGCUCUUUUCUGGCCAGCAAUCUAUCACUAUUUGCCAGAAACUAGGCCUUUUUAAUGUGAGGAUAGAACUUAUACAUUUCAGGUAGAUGAACGUGUAUUACGUAAAAGAUUUACAUAAAGUUGACGUCCAAUUGUAGAACUCUUUUGACGUUUU